GAGUGAGUGGGAGGGAGGGCGGCAGUCAGAAACAGGCAAACUAAUUCUCACCGAAGAACAGACAGUCGUGCCAGAGCAGGAGCUGCGGUUAGUUCACCUCUCUGACGCUCUUUGCACACCAACAAAGAAACGCUAUUAGUGUUAGUUUUUUUUCCUUUCUUUCUUCCUCGAGUCUAGGUAGCUGACAAGUACAGGACCAGAGUUUCCAUUUUGGAUAGGGGGGCUGCAAACACACGCACCCACACUUCUCCAAGCCGCGACAACUCAAGGUGAAUGCCGUCAUGCCAUUUGGGUGCCUUGCCCUGCGAGAUGGGCGGACUUACGACAGCAUAUCUGAUGUCACGGACAAGUAUGAGAUUGGACAGGUCCUCCGAGCGAAGGAGUUCUGCGAGCUGUGCCUGGCUAAGGACAGACAGACGGACAAGGUGUUUGUCUGCAAGAAAUUCCUCAAGAAAGACGGCAGGAAAGUCCGCAAGGCUGCCAAGAACGAAAUCAUGAUCCUGAAAUUGGUCAACCAUCCAAACAUCCUUCAGCUGAUAGACACAUUCGAGACCCGGAAAGAAUACUUCAUCAUCCAGGAGCUUGCCACAGGAGGAGAUGUAUUUGACUGGAUUCUGGACCAAGGGAAUUACACAGAGAGAGACGCAUCCAAUGUCAUCAGACAGGUCCUGGAGGCUGUGGCGUACUUACACUCACUCAACAUAGUUCACAGGAACCUGAAGCUGGAAAACCUGAUGUACUACACAGAAAACAACCACAACAAAGUCGUUCUGCGGGAUUUCUACCUCUCAAGGUUUGAGAACGGACCCAUCACAGAGCCCUGUGGGACACCGGAAUACCUGGCUCCUGAAGUGGUGGCUCGUCACCGAUAUGGUCGUCCUGUGGACUGCUGGGCUGUGGGUGUCAUUAUGUUCAUACUCUUAUCAGGUAACCCUCCUUUUUAUGAUGAGACAGAGGAGGAGAACACAGAUCUACACAAUCGCAUCAUCUUCUGUCGCAUUGUUGCCGGUGACUUUGAGUUUGAUUCUCCGUACUGGGAUGACAUUUCACCUGCAGCUAAAGAGCUUGUCUGUCGACUCAUGGAGGUAGACCAGAUGCUGAGAAUCACUGCCCAGGAUGCACUUUGGCAUGAAUGGAUUGCAGGGAAUGGCGCAUCGGAGAAGAACCUGAAGGACGGUGUGUGUGCCCAGUUUGAGAAGAACUUUGCAAAGGCCAAAUGGCGGGAGUUGAAGAAAGCGAUCCGUGUCACCACCUUCAUGCAGCGACUGAAGAAUUCGGAGGCGCUGAUUGACAGUUCAGCCGAGGCUCAGGGCAGUGAGGAGGCAGGAGAUGGUGAGGGGGGUGUGUCCCAGGGGACAAGUGAUGAGGGAGACAAAGGGACAAGUGAUGGAGGGGUGACGUCAAGUAGUGUGUCUUUAGAAGUUACUGUUGAAAAUACACCAGUGGGUAUGGACCAGGAUGAGGGGAGGAGUAAGGCCGGAGAAAAACAGGAUGAGGCAAAGACAAGUAUGGGCCCAUCAGUAGGAACUUCCCCAUCAGAUAUUCAGGAGCCUUUCUGUCAGCAAAGCCAAUCAAAUGCAGCCCCCAAACUGGCACAGGAGGAGCCUGAUAAGGUUGGUGCAAAAAGAGCAGCAGGUGAUGGAACUAGGAAAAUGGCUGCCAAUUUGGGUCAAAAUAAAGUUGUUCCGGAGUUCAAACCAACCCCUGUGAAGACGCCUGACCCCUCCAAGCUGUUGGAUGGUUCCUCUGGCGCUAAUCUUGACAAAAAACACACAUCCGCCUCCCCUGAUCCUAGCAGCAAACGCAAAAUGGCUGCAACGCUCCAUGGCGUUCCACCCACAGCUUCUGCUGCUGCAACAGCCUCACCAGAGAAGAGGCCGGCCACGCAGAGGGAUGAGAGUGAUGGAAGUUGGUGUCAGACACAAGUACCUGAGGCAGUGGCAGAAAGGUCAGUGGCAGUGGCUCCAGCAAUGGGUCCUGGAGCUGGGGUGGAUGUAGGAUUAGGAGUUAGGUUAAGGGGUGAUGCUAGCCCUGUGGGUAGACGGGAUAGAAAUGCCAAGACAACAGACAGAUACAGCGCUGAGUUUAGCAUAGCGAGGCCAGGUCCUGCAACAGGACAGGGUUGUUAUUCAGUAGGCAGUUCUGCUAGUUUGGGCCGUCAUGCCACACCGUACAACCCAGAAGUUGGGACUGUAGGGAUGGGGAUAGCAGGGGGCUAUGGGAGUCCAUACAGUUCCCUGUACACGAGUGGAGGAGGGGUAGGGAUGUACGGGACCGGGCUACCACAUACAGGAGGCGGGAGCAGCACUACAAGCGACUGGCAAAUGGACAGUGUGAUCGAGCAGAUAGAAAAGCAAAUGGCUGCCGUGCUGGAGAAGAUUGAGGGAGACAUGCCUUCACUGCUAGAGCAAAUCAGUGACUGCCCUGCCGAGCCACCACGUGCCAGGAGCACACACGCCUCGCCCGCCACCUCCCGUGCACGCUCCUCACAACACUCCACGACUACAACCUCAGCCACUCCUCCGCCUCUUCCAACCUCUCCCAGGCCCGCACUGCCAUCUCUCCCUCGUCUUACCAUCCCUCCUCCCUCCUAUCCCCCACCAUCUCCACCCACACAGUCCUCACCCCAGGCUGCAGGAGACCAGGAAGACACAGAUGGACAGAGGGAUGCUGCUCGAUCCAGCCAGUCCCCCAGAGCUGGGAUGGGCAGGGGGCUAUGAAGCAGGUGUCCAUGAUACAAACACCUGGCCAAUUGGAUUUAAAGUUUAAAUUUGACGGUUUAAAGACUCACCCAGAAGUAUCAUCCAAUUACUUCCCAGAGGAAAAGUAACCAUGCAGUGUUUGGUUUGGCUGUGUUUUCAUAUUGAGAAUAGCAAUUAGAUGGAAAACUUCCUAUGCCAUUCAAAUACUCUCAUGACUGGAGUGUAGGAGGAGUACUCUACUGACUUUCUCUGUAUGACAGCUGCAAGGAGAAAGUUUGUUUUUCAUCUCAAAUCCAAAUUGUGCGCAUGAAUGUUUACCCCAAAGCCUCCUCAUAUUGGAAUCCAAGCACUCAGCGCAGUUUGCAAAUUAUGAAUCUACACAAAUAAGAAAAGUGUGGUAAAAUUCUCAGCUAAUUGUGAGCGUUUACAGUGAGGAAGUAUUAUGAUUUGCAUUAUUCCCUAUAAACUGUAAAUACAUACAACGAACUGGGUUCCUUAUUCUUGCUCUCCUCUCAUGUUGUAAACUUCCUCAUAUCCAAACUGACAUUUACUUUUUUAAAUCAACUCAUCCUAUUUCGUUACUUUUCAUUCCUUUUUAUUUAUGUAGCUAUUGAUUUUAUAGUGAGGCUGCAAGGUCAUGAGCGUGCAGUCACACAGAGUUGUACAGACGUUUGUGAAUCUAAAUGGAUCUGGCCUUUCCACUGGCUCCUGGAGAUUGAGAUUUGUUUUAUUAGGCCUAUAUAGUGUAUUUAAACUUGAAAUGUCACUCAGAGUCUCGUGAGUCGCUCCAAACCUGUUGGACAGCUGGGGAAAAAUCUUAAGAUGCAAGAUAUUGUGUAAAGGCUUUGCAAUAACACACACACACACACACACACACACACACACACCCCCUCUUCUUUUUUCAAAGUUCUCCAGAAGUUUUGCCCAGACAUUUUGUUUUCAUUUCUCUCCAGUUUUGUCGACACAUUCAUUUGGUAUUGUUAAUUGGACAAUAAUGUCUAUAUUUGCUCCUUUUUAUCAUGUAAAAAAAAGUCUUUCUGAAGUUCAUUCUGCUUUUGGAUCUAUGUAAUACCAGGUUCUGUGCUUUUCUCCUGAACAAGUCUAGACAUCCACUAUUCUGUCCCUAUGUAAACUGUGCUCUGUUUGCAAGUCUUUCAAUAAAAGUAUAAAAAAUAA